GCCUGGCUCCCACCAGCGAUGUCCCCUUGCUCUGCAGCUGCCACCUGGGAGGUGAGGGCCAACGACCGCUCCUACCACAGGCGGGCCAGGAAGAAAUUCGCCUUCUGCCUGAGCAAGAGGAAAUACUCAGGCAAUGCCAUCAGGACAGCCAAGUACAACCCGCUCACCUUCCUGCCCCUCAACCUCUACGAGCAGUUCCACCGCAUGGCCAACCUCUACUUCCUCUUCGUCAUCCUCCUCCAGACUUUCCCUGAGAUCUCCACGGUGCCCUGGUACACUCUGCUGUUCCCCCUGAGCUGCCUUCUCCUCAUCCGGGGGCUGCGAGACCUCGUGGAUGACAUCGGCCGUCACCGCAGUGACAGGAGCAUCAACAGCAGGCCCUGUGAGAUCCUGGCUGGGAGGAGGUUCUGCUGGCAGGAGUGGCGCGACAUCUGCGUCGGGGACAUCGUGCGGCUGCGCAAGGACAGCGUCGUCCCGGCUGACCUGCUCCUGCUGUGCAGCUCCGAGCCCAGCAGCCUGUGCUACGUGGAGACGGCUGACAUCGAUGGGGAAACCAACCUGAAGUUCAGACAGGCCCUUCUGGUCACCCACCAGGAGCUGGGGAGCGAGGAGAGCAUGGCUGCCUUUGAUGGGCGAGUGAGGUGUGAGGAGCCCAACAGCCGCAUGCACAGCUUCACGGGCAUCCUGCGCUGGCGGGGCCGCACGCACGCCCUGGAUGGCGACCGGAUCCUGCUGCGGGGCUGCCGCGUCCGCAACACGGCCCUGUGCUACGGCCUGGUGCUCUAUGCAGGGUUUGAUUCCAAAAUCAUGAGGAACUCAGGGAAGAUCAAGAGGAAGAAAACCAAGCUGGACCACUUGAUGGACCGGCUGGUGAUCGUGAUCUUCCUGCUGCUGUUGGUGACGUCCCUGGGCCUUGCUGUGGCCUCUGGGUUCUGGGCCAGGACGUUCCAGGAGAAGCACAGCUACCUGGCUGCCCUCUACCAGCACACCAGCCCUGCCCAGCAGGCCUUCCUCAACUUCUGGGGCUUCACCAUCCUCCUGAGCAUCAUCAUUCCCAUGUCCAUGUACAUAACGUUUGAAUUCAUCUACCUGGUGAACAGCUGCUUCAUUAACUGGGAUCUGGAGAUGUAUUAUGGUGCCAAGGACAUCCCAGCCGAGGCCAGGAGCACCAGCCUCAGCGACCAGCUGGGCCAGAUCCAGUUCAUCUUCUCGGACAAGACGGGCACCCUGACCCAGAACAUCAUGAGCUUCAAGAAGUGCUGCAUCAACGGCACCAUCUAUGGUCCAGGCACAGGCCAUGGGAACAAACAGGCACCGGGCUCGGCGCUGAGCCGGGAGCUCCCCGGGGAGCAGAAGUCGGAUGUUGGCGAUGUGACACUGCUGGAAGCCGCCCGCAGGGACAAGGACCCGGUGCUGAGGGAGUUCCUGAGGCUGCUGGCCCUCUGCCACACCGUCAUGGUGGAGGACAGGGGCGGUGGGUUGAGCUGCCCCUCGGGGCUGUGGGGCCGUGGUGGGGUUUGGCAGUGCCAAACUCAGCUGUGGGACCAGCUGGUUUACCAGGCAGCUUCCCCAGAUGAGGAAGCGCUGGUGUUGGCAGCCAGGAACUUGGGCUACGUCUUCCUGGCCCGGACUCAGGACACCAUCACCAUCAGGGAGCUGGGCAGGACCAGGACGUACGAGGUGCUGGCCAUGCUGGACUUCAACAGCGACCGCAAGAGGAUGUCUGUCCUGGUGCGAGACCCCCAGGGCACCAUCCGGCUCUACACCAAGGGUGCUGACACUGUCAUCCUGGAGAGGCUGCGGAGGCGAGGGCCCGAGGAGAACCUCACCGAGAGGGCUCUGGAUCGCUUCGCAGAGGAGACGCUGCGGACGCUGUGCGUGGCCAGCAGGGAGGUGAGCGAGGCCGAGUUCCGCGCCUGGAGCCGGAGGCACCGCGAGGCCACGGUGCUGCUGCAGCACCGUGCCCAGGAGCUGGACAGGCUCUACGAGGAGAUGGAGCAGAACCUGCAGCUGCUUGGGGCCACAGCCAUCGAGGACAAGCUGCAAGAUGGAGUCCCUGAGACCAUCCAGCUGCUGAAACUGGGCAACAUCAAAGUGUGGGUGCUGACAGGAGACAAACAAGAGACGGCGAUGAACAUCGGCUACGCCUGCAGGCUGCUGACAGAUGACAUGGAGAUCCUGGAGGAGAAGGAGGUCAGCGAGAUCCUCCAGACCUACUGGGAGAGCAACAACAACCUCAGUGGUGGUGGGGACGCCCCGUGCAGCCUCUCCCAGCAGCGUCCAGAGACUCCGUGCCACAAGAGAGCCAUCAUCAUCAGCGGGGACUUCCUGGACAAAAUGCUCCACACGGGAGAGGUGCUGAAGGAGAAGAAGGGGUGGCCAUGGCGGUGGCUGCGCUGUGACGGGGCAGAGGCCUCGCAGGACCAGGGAGGUCUGGUGGAGAAGGCCUUCGUGGACCUGGCCACCAGCUGCCAGGCUGUGAUCUGCUGCAGGGUGACCCCCAAGCAGAAGGCCCUGAUGGUGCAGCUGGUGAAGAAGCACAAGAAGGCCGUCACCUUGGCCAUCGGGGACGGGGCCAACGAUGUCAACAUGAUCAAAACCGCGGACAUCGGGGUGGGCAUCAGCGGGCUGGAGGGGCUGCAGGCCGUGCAGUGCAGCGACUACGCCCUGGCCCAGUUCUCCUUCCUGCAGCGCCUGCUCCUCGUCCACGGCCGCUGGAAUUACCUGCGCAUCUGCAAGUUCCUCCGCUACUUCUUCUACAAGACCUUCGCUGGCCUCCUGGCCCAGGUGUGGUUUGCUUUCCACAGCGGAUUCACGGCCCAGCCUCUGUAUGACGGCUGGUUCCUUGCACUCUACAAUAUUUUCUACACUGCCUACCCCGUGCUGUCCGUGGGCCUUUUGGAGCAGGAUGUGAGUGCCAAGAAGAGCCUGGAGUUCCCUGAGCUCUACGUGGUCGGGCAGCAGGAUGAGCUCUUCAAUUACCGCAUUUUUGGUGUCACCCUCCUGCACGGAGUGGGCACCUCCCUCAUCAGCUUCUACAUCACACUCUGGGCCUUUGAGGAUCGUGUUGGCACCAAGGCCGUGGGUGACUAUGAGUCCUUCUCUGUCACAGUGGCCCUGUCAGCGUUGCUGUCGGUCCUCGUGGAGAUUGUCCUGGACACUCAGUACUGGACAGUGCUGUCUUUCCUGAUGGUCACAGCCAGCCUGCUCCUCUUCUGCCUCUUCUCCUUCCUGACCCAAAGUGUUGAUGCCUACAGGAUAGCCCCUGCCAUCUUCCGUUUCCCAGAUGCCAGCUGGAAUGCCCUGACCGACCCCUAUGUCCUGCUCGUGGUCCUGCUGGCCCUGGUGGUCAACACCCUCCCCUCGCUCACCGUCCACGCCGUCCGUGCCACCCUGGGCACAGCCACCACCCAGCAGAAGAUCCACCUGACGGCCAAGCGGGAGCCCCCGGUGGAGCUGCGCUCCCACGUCCCACACGGCUCCUUCCGCCGCCGCUCCGGCUACGCCUUCUCCCACCGGGAGGGCUACGCGGGACUCAUCACCCGUGGGGACAGCCUGCGUGACAGGGACAAUCUGCGUGACAGGGACACUCUGCGUGACAGGGACACUCUGCGUGACAGGGACACUCUGCAUGACAGGGACACUCUGCGUGACAGGGACACUCUGCGUGACAGGGACACUCUGCGUGACAGGGACACUCUGCGUGACAGGGACAGCCGGUGUGACAGGGACACUCUGCCUGACAGGGACACUCUGCGUGACAGGGACACUCUGCAUGACAGGGACACUCUGCAUGACAGGGACAUUCUGUGUGACAGGGACACUCUGCGUGACAGGGACAGCCGGUGUGACAGAGACACUCUGUGUGACAGGGACACUCUGCGUGACAGGGACACUCUGCGUGACAGGGACACUCUGUGUGACAGGGACACUCUGCGUGACAGGGACAGCCGGUGUGACAGGGACACUCUGCGUGACAGAGACACUCUGCGUGACAGGGACACUCUGCGUGACAGGGACAGCCUGUGUGACAGGGACACUCUGCGUGACAGGGACAGCCGGUGUGACAGGGACACUCUGCGUGACAGGGACAGCCGGUGUGACAGGGACACUCUGUGUGACAGGGACACUCUGCGUGACAGGGACACCCACAGUGUCCCGCCUGCCCUGUGCCCCCAGGGGACCCCGGCCAUGCCCUCUGUGUAGCUGCCCCCGGUCACAGGAUCCUGGAGUGGCUGGGGUGGUGUUGGAUUAUGUUGGGUUUUUUGGGGUUUUUUUUGGUUUUUUUUUUUUUGGAUUUAGAGAUUUGGCAACUGAGAGACAUUUUUAUGAGAAGAUUGAGACAAUACAGAUGUUAUAAUUUAUGCUAUUACAAUCAGAAGCUGAUUAUUUCUUAAUUACAAUGGAUUAUGAGCGUUUCUUGGUUUAUCAGCUUUUGCAACAUUGUGUUCUAAAUGGUUUUAAAGCCAAUCAUCUAAAUUACUCCUCAUGGGUCUUAUUACAAUGCAUCUUUCAUAGUCCUAUUUCUUUGAAGUAUCUAGUCUUAUUUGAAAGGUUAUCCUUUGAAAUUUGUUUCUAGUUCUAUUUUUCUCUUAACAACACCUCUCCUAUUCCAUGGCAUUUCUAAAUCAACAUUUCUUACCUCAAAGUUUGCAUACAGGUGCACACUAUUUUCUACAAAUUUAUUUCCCACAUUGUGGAACCUUAAAGCUCAUCUCAUUCCACCCUCUGCCAUGGGCAGGGUCACCUCCACCAGCUCAGGUGGCUCAGACUCAAGCAGUGUAACUUUAAAAUCUCUCCUAAUUUCUGGAGAGGCAGCCAGGUAUGAUUGAUUGAUUGAUUGAUUGAUUGGUUUUUCUUCUCCAGCCAGACCAGCCUGGCUCCUGCAGCCCUCCUUGUCACUCCCCAGCACUCCCAGCUCCUGCCUUUGCUGUCCCUGCACGAGGGGCAGUGUCCUCUCUGUGCCCUGCCCCACCUCCACACCACUCCCCCAGGCCUGGUGUCCCCAUCUUUGGGGACAGCUUAUGGUCACGGGCUCUGCAAAGUCCCAAAAAUCACUUCUGGGGGGGAUGUGGAGAAGUGCUGCCUGCUGGGCACAGGGGACAUGUCCCACAAAGCCAGGGCCACCAGCAGUGGCUGCUGGAGAUGUGUGAACACCUGACUGGUGACUGGAUCACCCUUUUAAUGUGUUUUGGUUUUUAAUUAAAAGGACUUUUUAGCUUUUCUCUCUUUUCCUGGAAACCUCUUCUGUGCCACAAAGGGUGAAAGCAGCACUGAAAGGUCCCGUGGUCCCUCUGCCUGUGCCAACUGUGCUCGUGUCGUGGCAAAAGGCGCAGUAGGAGAAGAAAUCUGGGUAAAAAUAUGCACAAUUAAAUCAUCCACGGGUGCUUGGCCCUGCCUGCAGCACACGUGAUUCCAUGGGUUUGUUUUACAAGUGCUUUGGCCUCAUCUGCACCGGGUUUGUGAGAAUUAAAGUGUUUCCCUUGGGUUCUGGCCAGAAGGGAUUGGAUGGUGCCAAGAAAUAAAAAUCUGUCCUUUGGGAAAGCUCUUACUGCUGCAGCUGCCAGGUGGAAAAGAGGGGGAGAAACUUUCCCUGGCACGAUCCCUGAGCCUCCCAGGCCAGGAGGAGUGAGGUGGUAAAAGGGGGCAGGGGAGGGAAGCGACCCCUCCCCACCACAGGACACCACACACGCCAGGGUGAAUGACUAGAAAAUAAUUUAUUGAAGAAACAGAAAGCUGCAGAAAUACAACACAGUCAUGACCAGUAGAGGAUGAACAAAUAGAGAUUUUUUUUUUUUUCUCUCUCUUAAAACCUGUUGACAGGCUGGAGUUGAGUUUCCUGAUAGCUUCCCCUGCGUGACUCAUUGCAAAGAACAAGGAACAAACUCCAGAGCACACAGCACAUUUUGGAUAAAGUGCCUGACACAUAAGACUCUUUUUUAUUUUUUUUCUUUUUUAACGUUUGUAAAUAGCUUAAACAAAUAUAGUUGCAAGACACAGAGGAGUAACAAUUGCAUUUUGCUGUAGAAUAAAACUUAUCCCAUGAGAGUAACAAUGAAGCAGCAGCAAAAAAAAAAUUAAAUUAAUUUAAUUAGAAGGAAAAAGUAAUUUAAAAACUCAGAGAUGUGGCCCUCAGACUGCAUGGGACGAGGACGAGCAUCACCUAUUGCUGUACAGAAAAAUGAGCAAUGUUUUCUGGAGGAGGCUGGGCUGGCAGAGCCGAGGCUGUGAGUUCUCCCUGGCCAGGCUGGAUUCUGUCUGACUCCUUUGUUUCC